GCGAGCGUGACGGUGAUGGAGGCAGCAGUAAGUCAGCGAUUGGGCGAGGAAGUCGGGGAAGGGAUGAGCCGGGCCAGUGCCAGUCGACCGCCGCCGCAGCUGCCGCCGCCGGCGAGCGGAAGCGGCGGCCGCCUCGCAGUUCUCGCGUCUCAUUUGUCCCAAUCUUCUCGGACGGCCGGCGAAAAGGAGGCCGCACUCGCCGCCGGCCCCUCCGACGGACCAACCAUUUUUGACAAAAUUUUGCGGAAAGAGAUCCCAUCUCAGGUGGUUUAUGAGGAUGAAAAGACCCUUGCAUUCAGAGACAUAUCACCCCAAGCUCCAGUACAUAUUAUAAUAAUUCCCAAGGUUAAAGAUGGAUUGUCUAGGCUCUCAAAGGCAGAAGAAAGACACGUUGAGGUUAUGGGCCAUCUUCUUUACGCUGCUAAGACCAUUGCAAAGCAGGAGAACCUUGAUGAUGGAUUCAGGAUUGUCAUCAAUGAUGGGCCUAACGGAUGUCAGUCUGUAUAUCACCUCCAUAUUCAUCUUCUAGGGGGACGUCAGAUGAACUGGCCUCCUGGAUAAGUUGUAUAUUCCCAAAGAGGUGCUCUGUUAUGAAAAUGUAACCGGUAACAUUCUCUUUAUCUCCAUCUGAUGUGAUGAGCAGUUUCCUUUAUGGUAUGUGCUCUGUAACUGCUAUAUACUGGUCUUAAGGUUUUCCGUUUCCUGUUUGCGACAACAUAGCCAUGUCAACAGAUUGAUCUCUGAAGCAGUGGCUAAUUUCUAUUGACAGCCGCAAGAGCAUCCUUCUUCUCCCUGAA